AUGUCUGCCCCCGAAGCUGCUGCUCCCCGGCCCUCCAGCGACGGUUCUGUUCCACCUCGCACCGAACUCGACAUCUCGAAGCUCCAUGCCCUCCCCUCCGAACAACAGGACCUCUACCUCCUUACCUACACCUCAGAUCUUGUCCAGUAUACUGUGACUCUAGACAAGGAGACGCUCUGUGGACAGCAGAAUUUUAUAAAGCAGGAACUCUUUAAAAUCCUCCGCCUGGUCUCUCCGGUACCAACUCGGGUCAUUCGAAAUGGCAUAGGCCGUUGUUUCAGCGCCGUCUUUUCCAAAGGAAACAGAGCAACUCUAUUUGAUACUGUUACCGAGUUGAUAGGGAUUCUUAAUUCCGGCAAGAAUGAAGUUGAUUUGAAAACCAAGUUUGCUGCCGCUGCGGCUUUGGGGGAUAUAUUCGCUGCUGCGGGUGACGGCGCUGUGGGUCAAUCUGGUGCCACCUGUUCAGCGAUACUCAAGCUUCUUAAGCUGGCGCAGAACAAUGCAGGAUUGCGAUAUUGUGUGUUCACCUCGGUGCGGAAAAUAAUAGCUGGAAUUGGAGCGCCAAUCGAUGAAGCUACCGCCCGCGAUAUAUGGAAACAUGCUCGAAACUCGGCAGUGAAUGACAAAGCCCACAAUGUCCAAGCAGGGUCAUGCUCGUGUCUUCAAGAGCUGGUCAAGGCAACUCCCUAUUUUAGGAAUACCAACGAUUACGAGCAUUUGAAGGCUACUCUAUGGAAAGUUAUGGAUAGCCAUGUUGCCUCUGUGAGGCAUGGAGCAGCAGGCUGUCUCGCUGCUUUCUUAGUUAGAGCCCAUUCCACUGUCCCCAUCUUGAGCUCAAAACCUACCGCUCUCCGGUCCAAGAAACAGCUCAAAAGACAGUCUACCGGGCCCGUGGAUGGUGAUAUUAUCGAGAGAACCCAAUCUCCAUCAGGCCGCAAAGCUGACAGCUCGCUAUCCUUCAAGAUGGGUGACAUUCUAACACAGCUUUCGAACCACUACUGUAAAGCGUCAACAGGGAACCGUGCUAGAGCUGCAAUUGCAAUGUGCUAUGAGCUCCUUCUCAAGGACUUUGGUGGGAACAUAGUUGAGGACUAUUAUACGCAGAUUGCUGAUCAUUUGCUCGGCACCCUUUUGAAUCACCCAACUGUGACUUAUAGCCGGUACCGCCUACUUUUGACCCGGAAGUUUGUCAAACAUAUCCUAGAAGAUGUGCUAGGCCGUGAAAUGCUACGAGAGAGUAGUCAGUUGAGUGCAGUUAAAUGGAUCUCCAACAAUAUCCUCAAGGAUUAUCCCCAGGUGGUCCAGGAACGUCGAGAACCAAGCAAGUAUACUCUCAUAAGCGCCCUCAGCGCCCUCUCGUCGCUCAUCGAAUCUCUCGGGUCUGCCGCGGCGAUGAUCGCAGACUCGUGUCGGGAAGCCUUACUUCAGGUUCUUCAACACCCAAGUUUUAGUGUCCAAAUCCAUAUUUCCCAUUGCAUGCGUAACUUUGUUGUGGCAUGUCCUCAGCAGCUUCUUUCAUGUGUUACGGUGUGCAUGAACAGCUUAACUAGGGAGCUAGGCCAGCUGUCGUCUAUUCGCGUGUCUGCUCCUCGCUGUCUUGGUUAUGCGCACGCCCUCUCUGCUAUGCUAAGCACCUCGAGACUUCAACCUCUAUACGGCUCUGUCGAUGUUUACGCCCAAGUUUUGUCGCAAGCUACCGAUCUUCUCAAGACAAGCGGCAAUUCAGAGCUCCGGGUUGCCAGCACUCAAAUCCAGGUGGCCUGGAUUUUAAUUGGAGGACUCAUGCCACUAGGACCGAAUUUCACGAAGAUACAUCUUUCACAGCUCCUAUUGUUAUGGAAAAAUGCAUUAUCACCAAUUGCAAAAGAGACUUUGGCUAAGAGAGGCCCCUUGGAAAUGAGUUUCCUCGCCCAUGUCAGGGAAUGUGCCUUGAGCUCUAUACUCGUCUUUUUGGAAUAUAACAGUAAACUUAUUACUUUGGAUGGGUUGAAAAGGAUUGCUACGAUGCUACAGGGCACUGUUUCCUUUUUAGAGCAUCUCCCUAAACUUAAGUCCGUCGAAGAUAUCUCUCAACGGCUAUUUCCCUCACUACAGCUAGCAGAUUAUGCUACUUUGGUUCGUCGGCGAGUCCUACAAUGUUUUACGAAACUAGUGAACCUGAGCAACCUUAACCCUAUGGAUAACCUACCUCUCUCUGGUAUUCUAGGUCUAGCAAUAUCUUGUUUUGCCGAUCCAGAUGUCACCUCUGCAAACCCCUUAGAGACCUCUAUUGCCGCAUCCACAGCAAAUUUCGAUACCUUGUGGGAUCUUGACGAUAACUUCGGGUUUGGCGUUACAGGCCUUGUUCGAAAUUUUAUGCCAGGGCAACCGAAAUCCAGUCUCUUCGUUAAUACCAGUGUAACUGAAGCCACGAGCCAUCCGAUUGAUUCUUCUUUGACCACACCAAUGUGCAAUGCAAGGGAGCAUGAUUCAAUUCUGCUAUAUUUCUCCAAAAACAUCAAUUCGGAUUAUCUCCCCGAUCCUCCUCCAACUGAAGUUGUCAACUCAGCCAUUGAGUUAUUCUCCGUUACUCUACCUUUACAAAACCCAAAGGUCCAGGAAAGCAGCGUUGAGCAGAUUGCAACUAUGCUCUCAACCCAUAGCUUAAAUCGAAAUCCGGGGAGGAAGGCGGCUAUGACUGUGAAUAUUGCGAUUGCUCUCCUGUAUACACUUCGCGUUUCCGUAAACGAGACUCCAUAUCUCCCGGGGAAUCUGAAGCAUGUUGCAGUUGAAAAGAUUUUCCAGGAGCUUAUACAGAACUUUAUAACAAAUCCUGACUAUAUUAUCCGGAUCAUCGGAUUCGAGGGCCUUGGCCGCCUGUGCAACAGUUCCGGUAAUGCCUAUACGAAUUCGGAAAUAAAUAGACUUGUCGAUGUCAUCGUCGAAAAUCGUGAUCCCCAUGCGCGUGCUGGAUGCGCAGCUGCAUUAGGGUCCAUACACGCUCAAGUUGGAGGGAUGGCGGCAGGAUUCCACCUAAAAACUAUUGUGGGUGUUCUUAUGUCGUUAUGCAAUGACCCUCAUCCCGUCGUUCAUUUCUGGGCUUUAGAAGGAUUGGCUCGUGUUAUAGACUCUGCGGGCCUAACAUUUUCGGCCUACGUAUCUGGAGCAUUUGGAAUGUUAGCACGCCUAUAUGUUGCGGAUACCCAUAACCAUGAGGCCCCAUCAGUGGGGACUUCAAAUUUUGAAGCCGAAUUCUCGACACCAUUGGCCAUUGGCCGGUGUGUGGAUGCCCUAGUCAACGUGGUUGGGCCUGACCUCAGAGACGUUACAAAGACGAGGGACCUGGUAUUCACCAUUGUCAAGGAGUUCCAGCUGGAACGCGAUGCUCCUCUGAUAAACGUCAGUUCCCAAUGCCUUGACCAUUUGUCACUCUAUGCACCACAGUAUAUGGAUUUCUCGGGUUACGUUCAAUGGCUCCAGAAAGAAUUAGCAUCGACAGACAAACAAGUACAGCAAGCUGCAGUUUAUGGUCUAAGCAAUCUAAUGAAGAGGGAUGCUAAUCGAGUCAUUGAAACCGCAUCCGCAUCUUUUGAAGAUGAGUUAUGGAUAGCAAUCGACAAUGCUCCGGAGAAUAAACUUCUCCGAGAUAUUAUCAUAAAUUGGCUUCAGCAGACUGGAUUGACAAAUACGAAAACUUGGGUGGAACGAUGCCAAAAAGUUCUGACAAAAACCCGGGCUAAACGCGAUGACAUUCAUUCUCCACCCCCAGUCACUGCUACUGCUGCUGCAGGGCCCGACCUCCCCGAUGACGAGGUUGCUGGCUUUGCCACCGCAGUUGCUGGUGAUAACAGAGAAGCAAAUGAUACGUCUGCCGGUGGACAAGAGCUACUGAAAUGGCAGACUCGAAACUUCGUCAUUGGGUGUCUUAGCGAACUCCUAACAAUGGUCCAGAGUGAAAUAUUACCUGAUCAAACCAUCCCAGCCGAGGCUGCACUACAAGAAAGAGUUGGAGACAUUGUGCGAAUGGCGUUUUCUGCUUCAACGGCUAAUGUCAUAGACCUACGUAUUUGGGGACUAAAGAUAUUGGAUCAGGUUCUCAAGUUAUUUGGCCGAACACCGGACCCCGAUUUUGCUGAAGCAUCUCUACUUGAGCAAUAUCAAGCCCAGAUUGCAUCUGCCUUAACGCCAGCAUUUGCUGCGGACUCGUCUCCAGAGCUUGUUUCUGAGGCCAUAAACGUGUGUGCAACAUUCGUUGGAACAGGGAUAGUUACCAGCGUUGAAAGAAUGGGUCGUAUCUUCAAGCUUCUCGUCGUAGGGCUUGAGAACUUUGCCAAAAUUGGAGACCUCAAAGGACUCAACUCCAACGCACAAGUGAUGGCAAGACUAGCAUUGUAUUCUGCGUGGGCGCGGCUACAGAUUUCUAGCGGUGAACAGAACUACCUUGUAGCCAUAGUAUCUCCCUACACGGCGAUGUUAACUCCACUCUGGCUCUCUUCUCUUCAGGAGUUUGCACGAUUAAGGUUCGAACCGGAGAUAUCUAGCACGAUGGACUCACUGAGGUUAUCCGAUAGCCCUGAUGAUAUAUAUGCAGCGCUUAAUCGAGAAAUUCUUCUCAAGUUCUAUCAAGAUUCUUGGCUAAAUUUCGUCGAUGCUAUCGCGAGUCUUGUCGAAAAAGACAGCGAUUUUGUCUUCGAUGCAUUGAACGGAAAGCAGGAUCUUCAAAAAACGGAGAGUUGCAAAGAUACACCUGUUCAGAAUGACGAAAUAAAAGCCAAAGGAAAUCAAAUUAAUUACCGUGAUGAACCGGUGGCUUUCUUCUUCGUCCUCUUUGGACUGGCAUUUGACGCUUUGGUUAGCCAAAGCAGCACCCCAUCCCAAACACUCGAAAUUCUUCAGGCUUUGCAGAAAAUACUACAUCCCUCAGUUGCUGGGAAUGCAGUUUAUCAGGACGCCGUGUUCUCUGAGACAAUCGAUACCUUGAACAGAAUGGUAAUGACUGAAAAUUUAGCCAUCCAAUCUGUCAUAAUUCAGAUUGUCCGAAGUCUCUCUCUCCACCACCCUUCUGCAACAAGAGAUAGCACUUCUACGGAGCAUUUAUCGGACGACAUCGAACAGUUGUUUGAGCUUACACGCAAUAUUAUACUCGUGAUUGCAGGUGUAUUACCAAAUCUUGGAGAGUCAUCGCCUAAAGCCCGAUCAGAUGUCUCAGAGGAGUCGAUAUCACUAAUCCAACAUUCUCUCUCUUCGUUGGUGGAUAUUACGUCUGUAUUCCCGGCAAUCAUUCGGGAUGACCUGCACACUUGCAUAAUGCACAUAUUUACUACAGUUUUUGCCACUGGUAGUUGUCAGGCAGAAAUCGUUCCCAAAAUCCUCCCAAUCUUCAAACGCUUCCUCCAAAAGCUAUGUCCAUCUCGCAACUCUCAAACACAAGAAGCCACUGCCCAUGGUACGGAGGCUAUUAGUGUCAGCCGUCAAAUCCGGGGUUGUUUGGCAAGAUUCCUAGGCAUCCUAACUGUUGCGCAACGGCGAGAAUCAGAUAGUUCUCUUGCUUGUGCAAAAAAUGCCCUUCUUGGUAUAACAAUUCUCCUGACAAGCGCUGCUUCUGAUAUUCCACCUCAAGACCCGUUGGUCACUCGAGCCAUGCAGGAAUUGCUUGAUUGUUUACAGGAUCUAGGCCUCGGAAGUGUUGCAGCAGGUUGUAUUCGCUCCCUCCUUCUAAACCCUGGCACUCGCUCUACCACCGAUGAUAUCAUUGCUCGUACACUCUUCCCCAGACUCCUAGCCUUCAUAACGCAGACCCCCAUGGGUAACGAUAAUGAGCCCCCAAUUGAUCCCGAGAAUAUGAAAUCUACUAUCACCCAAACUCUUGUCUCCUUUGUGGGAUCGCCAGCCCUUUCCAAGGCUGCCAUUCCCACCGCUAUGUCAUUGUUGAUUCCAGCUCUAUUGACACGAGCUAGACUUGAAGGAACUUCUGUUCACCAAGAGACUGCCAGUAGGUUACUAGAGCUGGCAAAAGUAGAUCAGACUACUUUCAGGGGGUUCGCUACCAAGAUAGAGCCAGAAUCGAAAAGCCUUCUAGAGGAAAUUCUCAAAACAGUUGGGCGAAAAGAAGACACAAACCAGCGAAAUGACCAGGAGCAGGAAAGGAAUGCUCCCAGUAUUGCUUUACGCUUGGAUUUCUAA